UAAUCACUGACCGGCGACACAUAAUGUAAUUCUUAUGGGUAUUAUUUUAGUUUUCAAUAAGUUUAAACCAGCUUUUUUGAGUCACAACAAUGUUAUCGCGGUUAAAAUUUAUGAGGUCUGCACCUCACCAGGUUUUGCGGACUCCAUACUUAAUCCCAAGAUUUAAGUCAGUGCCCACAUUUGAAGAUGUUUCUGGAGCCAAAGUUGAGGAAGUAAAAUUAUUCCAGAACCAUGAAAAGAUGCCUCAUGUCAUACAUAAACACAAAUAUAGAUUUGCAGAAGGAAAAAUAUAUCACGGAUUUGAAUGUGAACGCGUGGAGCACGUAUCCGAUUUUAACCUCACGUCUUAUACUCUUCGGCAUAAGGGAACUGGUACGGAAUUAUGGCACAUCGAUCGAAAUGAUGCGAACAAUGUAUUUUCCAUAAAUUUUCGAACCACACCUUUUGAUUCAACUGGCCUUCCACAUAUUUUGGAGCACUUAACGUUAUGCGGUUCAAAAAAAUAUCCUGUUCGGGAUCCUUUUUUUAAAAUGCUAAACCGUUCGGUAGCGACGUUUAUGAAUGCAAUGACUGGUCCAGAUUAUACAAUUUAUCCCUUUUCGACAAUGAAUGAAACGGAUUUUAGAAACUUGCAGCAGAUUUACUUGGACGCCGUUUUUAGGCCAAAUCUUGCCUAUUUGGAUUUUCUUCAAGAAGGUUGGAGGUUAGAACAUGAAGACAUACAUGACCAAAAUACACAGCUUGUGAUUAAAGGAGUGGUUUAUAAUGAAAUGAAGGGCGCUUUUUCCGAAAAUGCGCAAGUUUUUGGACAGAAUUUGCUCAAUAAUAUAUUUCCUGACAACACGUAUGGACAUGUGUCUGGGGGAAAUCCGUUGGAAAUACCCAAACUAUCGCACGCUGAUUUGGUUAACUUCCAUAGACAUUAUUAUCACCCAAGUAACUCUCGUAUAUACUCGUAUGGAUUAUUUGAUGUAAAUAAAACACUUGCUCUUCUUGAUAAAGAGUAUUUUUCACAGGAAGGUUGUAUUAACAACUCAUUCAGUAGUAUACCAAAGCAAGAACGAUGGGUACAACCCCGUCAUGUACAUAUCUCUAACAGAAAAGAUAAUAUUGGUGCUACAAUUGAUCGACAAAACCAAAUUGCUAUUGCUCUUUUAAUGUGUGAUGCAACCGAUAUACAAGAGAGUUUUGAAUUAAAUGUUUUGUCUGAGGUAUUAAUUCGUGGACCCAACUCUGCGUUUUACAAGAAUUUAAUAGAACCAAAUUUUUCCGGUGGUUACAACCAAAGCACGGGUUAUUCGUCUGAUACUAAGGACACAGCUUUCGCCGUAGGAUUACAAGACCUUAAAGUUGAAGACUUUUCAAAAUUCAUCAAACUUUUUGAUACAACAAUUUCAAAAGCCAUGGAAGAUGGUUUUGAGUCGGAGCAUGUCGAAGGUGUCUUAAACAAUAUUGAGUUGUCAUUGAAACAUCAGAGUCCCCAUUUCGGAAAUACUUUGUUGUUUAAUUCUACUUCUUUGUGGAAUCAUGAUGGCGACGUAGUUGCCAACCUUCGCGUGUCACAAAUGAUAUCACGGCUGCGGAAAAGCUUAAGUCAGAACGUUGACUACUUUAAAAAUAAAAUGGAAAAAUAUUUUGCACAUAACAACCACAGACUAACGCUAACUAUGUCGCCUGACGAGUCUUUUGAGAAAGAAUUUAAACGGGCUGAAUCAGAGUUGUUAAAUCAAAAAAUAAAAGACCUUGAUAAGAAAAGUUUGCAGAAAAUAUAUAAGAAUGGUUUGGAAUUAGAGGCAUUUCAAAGGUCUAAGCCGAAUACCGAAGUGUUACCUUGUCUUGAAAUGAAUGAUGUCUUCGAGCCACCAAAAUGGCCGGAGUUAUUUCUUCAGAAUAUUCAAAAUGUACAGACUAAGAUUUGCAAGGCUUCUACAAACGAUAUUACGUAUUUUAAGAGCUUGUUUAAUGUAACAGGCUUAAGUCAAGAAGAAACACAACUCAUGCCAUUGUUUUGCAAUGUAAUUAGUGCCAUGGGCACCAGCAAAUAUAAUUAUCGGGAACUCGAUAAAUUGAUUCUUUCCAAAACCGGUGGUAUUGAAUUUAAGGUAAAUUUAACUGAAGAUCUUAAAGAUUCAAGAAGAUGCAAACUUAGCGUAUUAAUGAGUACUCAUGCACUUGAUAAAAAUGUACCAGACAUGUUUUACUUAUGUCAAGAGUUGUUAAAAAACUUUAUGUUCGAAGAUACACACCGGCUUAAAAUGCUUGUAGAAAACUAUUCUUCAAAUUUAACCGUAGGAGUGGUGGGCUCUGGACACCUUUAUGCUAUGUUGGGUGCCAACGCAUUAGUUAAUGACACUGGUAAACUUAAGUCCUUGUUAUUUGGACUAGAUCAUAUAAAAUUCAUGAAGCAUUAUGUACAAGAAAGCAGUAUUCAGGAAAUAUGUGAGAAAUUGACAUCAAUCGGAACUAAAGUGUUUGACAAGAAGAAUAUGCGUUCGGCCAUAAAUAGCACAGAAUCUUACUGUUUAUCUGCUGUUAAUCAUUACAGAAGUUUUUUGGAGACAGUGCCUGGUUUGGAAAAAUGUAAGGAGUUUAAAAAGGUUCUGUUUUUCGAACCUAGUUGCCAGCAAUACGAGAUGAACAUACCAGUGAAUUACUGCGCUAGUCUUUUCACUGUCCCUUACUUUCAUCAAGACCAUCCAACUCUGCGAGUCUUGGCAAAAUUUCUUUCAGCCAAAUAUUUACUGCCUGUGGUUCGCGAGCAGAAUGGGGCAUAUGGAGCCGGUGCAAAAAUUAGUUCUGAUGGCAUUUUUAGCUUCUUUAGUUACCGCGAUCCGCAUUCAAUCAAAACGCUUGAUGUGUUCGAGAAUACUUAUAAUUGGUUACGGUCGGAAGAAAAUAUGAUGGAUCAACAAUCCCUUUUUGAGGCAAAACUUGGUGUGCUGCAACAAUUAGAUUCGCCAAUAGCACCCGGAAAUAUAGGAGUUGAUAACUUCCUUUAUGAAAUUUCACAGGAGUAUUUUGAGAAGUAUCGCUCGCAAGUUUUGUCUGUAACCUAUGAUGAUUUGCAGGACUGUAUAGAAAAUUACUUUAAAAAAGAGUCGAAGCAUUGGGGAAAAUGCAUUUUGGGUCCAGCCAAUAAACAUUUAGAAACGCAAACUGGUCAAAAAUGGAAAAUAAUCAAUUAAUAAAUAAUAAAUGCAAAUAUUAUUCGUUUGACAAUAAAUUGAUGAUUCGUUAUACACGCGAAUUAGAAAUCCAAACAACUUAA